AUGCCUCUUUGCGGCGGUUCCACCAAAACGAUCCAGCGUAAGAUCGUCAUUCUUGGCGAUGGUGCUUGCGGAAAAACAUCUUUAUUGAAUGUUUUCACCAGAGGCUACUUCCCUCAGGUCUAUGAGCCUACGGUGUUCGAAAAUUACGUCCACGAUAUUUUUAUUGAUGGGCAGCAGGUUCAACUUUCUCUUUGGGAUACCGCAGGCCAGGAGGAGUUUGACCGUUUGAGAGCCCUCUCUUAUGCUGACACCCACUGCAUCAUGUUAUGUUUCUCGAUAGAUUCGCAUGAUUCGUUGGAAAAUGUUCAGCUGAAGUGGGUGGGCGAGAUUGCAGACCAUUGUGAGGGCGUCAAGCUUGUGCUAGUGGCGUUGAAGUGUGACUUGAGAAAUCACGAGGAGGAAAAUGCCGAGGACGAUGCGUUCAACCCCUACCAAUCGCAAAGUCCGUACACCCAGAACAAGCGCUUGAUCUCUUAUGAGGAAGGGCUUGCAGUGGCAAAGAAGGUGGGCGCUUUGCGGUAUUUGGAAUGCUCAGCAAAGAAGAACAGAGGUGUCAACGAAGCCUUUUCCGAAGCCGCCAGAUGUGCUCUCAAUGCUAGACCGAAGGGAGCCAAUGACAACGAGCCCGAGAAAAAGGGCUGCGUUAUAAUGUAG